AUGGGUAACCAAAACAGUUGCUGUUGUUACCGCAGUCCGUCGCCGAUCAGAAAGGACAUUGUCAAGUUAGAAGAUUAUCUGCCCGAGGGUGAAGUAAGCUCUAAUAAUAUACAGCACAUCAGCGAGAGAGAAGGAGAUGAUGGGGACAUCGAUCCUUCCCAAGACCCUAUUGCUGGAACCAUUUUUAUGGAGCGUUCUAAAGCUUCUAUAGAAAAUGGUAUGACACGAAAACGUAGCCAACACCAAAUCGCUGAUAAUAAGCUCAAAAAAAGCAGUUCCUGUUCAACUAUUUAUUUAGAUGAUAGCACAGUGUCCCAACCAAAUCUGAAAAAUACUGUUAAAUGUGUGGCACUAGCUAUCUAUUAUCACAUAAAGAACAGAACAUCUGAGCGGAGGCUAGAUAUUUUUGAUGAAAAACUUCACCCUCUGAGUAAAGAAGGAGUUAGUGAUGAUUAUGACAAGUAUAACCCUGAACACAAACAGAUUUAUAAGUUUGUGAGGACAUUGUUCAAUGCAGCUCAACUAACAGCUGAAUGUGCUAUCAUUACUUUGGUGUAUUUGGAGCGCCUCCUAAUAUGUGCUGAGUUAGACAUUGCUCCUUCAAAUUGGAAGAGAAUAGUUUUGGGAGCAAUUUUGUUGGCCAGCAAAGUGUGGGAUGAUCAAGCUGUAUGGAAUGUAGAUUACUGUCAAAUUCUGAAAGACAUCACAGUGGAAGAUAUGAAUGAGUUAGAGAGGCAGUUUUUAGAAAUGUUACAAUUUAAUAUUAAUGUACCAUCAAGUGUGUAUGCGAAAUAUUAUUUUGAUCUACGCACACUUGCCGAGGCUAAUGACUUGGCUUUCCCCAGCGAACCUUUAAGUAAAGAGAGAGCACAAAAACUAGAGGCAAUGUCUAGAGUUAUGGAGGAUAAAAUUACCGCAGAGGUGGUUAAAAAUGGCAUAAAGAAAUGGUCUAGUUUAGACAAUGUUAAUUCAGGUGCUGGUGUAAGACGAAGUGUAGCCAUAUUGUCAUAA